AUGCAGUCCACGACUCAGCCUACUCAGCCUGGGGGAGUAGAACUCCCAACAGAACAACAAGUUCCAGCCAGGCGCCGCACUGCAUCAGCACGCAAGAGCAAACCCGACUCGCAGAUGGCGCAGGCAGAUCUUGAGGACCAGCCGGCUCGCACGAUCAAUACCCGUGCAUCUAACAAGACAGCACAUCCAGGUCAGAUCAUCCGUGACAAUACCCAGAAACGCCGCUCAUCAGCAGAGGUGCGAGCCGCGAACAACGCAAAAAAGGCCGACAAGCUUAUGAAAAGUUUAAUCAACGACCAGGCGCAUCACGAUGCCCUGGACAAAAUCGCAGAGGAAGAGGAGCGCUUGUUUCUCGAGGAUUUUGCAAGGCGCUGCGUUGCUGAGCGUCCAGACAUCGAUGUCGGUGGAGAGUCUGGUACCAAUAGGGAUGCGUCAUUCCAGUUGUCCAAGCAUGCUAUGAAGGCUAGCAAGCCUAAAAACGUCACCAGCAGAGUGGUGAAUGUAUCUGAUGGUGAAGAAGGGGGCGCGAGCAUGAGUGAGGGCCCAUCGCUUCCAGACAUCAAUGCUCCAGACUUCACAUGGGAGGAUGUCGAAGUCCAGGAAGUAGAUUCUGUCGCUGUUGUCGAUGUAUCAGAUACAGAUUCCCAAGACCAUGAGUAUCAGCCUACCAGAGACGAAGAGCGGAGCGACGUUGAAGAUAUGGAUGUGAUUGCGAUUCCGGAGAAGAAAACUAGCUCGACCGCAAAGGGCAAAGCAGCUCAGGCUACCAGCGGGAAAAGGGAGCGAGGGGUCGUUCGAGCAGACGUACUUGCUCAACGUGAGAGGCUGAGAGAGGCCACGUCGGUGGGAACAAAACGGAAAGCUCAAGGCGCUUCGACUGGUGGGAGUAUCAAAGACCAUGAAAGCGGCAAGCGCGCCAAAACCAUGGGGCUAGGUGGACUUAGAAAGGACUGGCGCCCACCCAAUCAGUUGAAGCCUGAGCAACGAAGCUCUGCUUCCCAUGCCACCAGCCGUGAACUUCCCACCAACUUGAACAAUGGCCUGAGUGACCACGACGACGAUGUUCAGACGGAUGGGGAGUGGGAUGCCGAUGAAACCACCGACAUGCUCGAAGCCGUUCGCACUAGCAAGACCGCGACUGUCCGACAAGCAGGGCUGCAAGCGAGUACCCAGGGCCCUGGCACCCGAACCACUGCUGCAAGAAAUACUUCGCAGCACGCGAUGAGGCUGUCCAUUGCCUCCACUCCAGCUCGUGCCGAUUCACGGCGAUCAGUAACUACUAAUAGUAGUAGAAAGAACCUACCUGCGAGAUCCAACCCAGCGUAUCAAAGGCCCAGUGUCCCUCCCUUCACUCAAGACUACCAACCAGAGUCGACAUCCGAGGACGUUGCCGCCAUUGCCACUCCCAACACCCUAGCAAUCGCCGGAAGCAGCGCUCGCCCCAACCAAAAAGUGGCCAUCCGUGAUCUCCCUUUCCCUAGGGGACAAUGGUCAGCGUAUAUGCAAAAGUGGAAGGUAUUGCGUGCCUCGCUAAUAAACUGGAGCGGGACGUUGCCCGACAUGUUCAGUGCCUCAAGCCACCCGGAAUUCUUGCCCACCUUGAAGCAGCUGUGGAUCGAGACGUUUCCUGAGCUUGCAGAUGCUGCUGACGAUAGAGCUCUGAUAAUCAUAGCUGGAGCCACGAUUGGGGAUCACCGCAGCGCUAUAGGGAAAGCCGCCGUUGCUGUGGUAGCCAACCUCAUACCUGCAGAUGCAACAACACCCCAAGAGGUACUGAACGCCCUCAAAAGCCGGUACUGCACUGUCCCUGAGUUCAUCUACCGAGAUCCCUCCGGCGCGCCCGGCAAUAGAGGUUCAUACCUCUCUGAUCUCAUCCUUAAAGUAUUAGCGGUCCAUAUGGGAGUCGUAUUACAAGCCCAGAAGGCGUUCGGUCGUCCAGCGGGUGCUCUUGCCCUUGUCUGUGCAGCGAUAGAACGCGCCUUGGAUGGCUGGAAGGAGGGCGUGAAUCAGAUUGAAGAGGCUAAGAAAGAUCCGAAGCGCAACAAGUCUCAUGGGUUCAAGGCCGAGAGGUGGGGCCCCGUCGCCGCUCGCUGGCUCAAAGGUAUCGACAAGAACAUGACAGACAAGCGCUGGGAAAUCCUUUUCCGUGAUACGUCUGUCUUUAUUCCCGACAGACUUUCAAACGACAUCGACUGCGAACCAUUCGCCGAGGGCGACAUCCGUGACAUUGACGGAUCUGGUGACGAGUUCCUUGAGUAG